AACCAGUUACUGUGAUCUUUAUUGAUUUUGUUAGCCAUUGUUAAAAGUAUGUUUGAUUGUCAAAUUAUUUAUAUUUAAUUUUUUAUUUUUAUUUCAGCCUAUUCACAGAUGACACCAAUAAUAACGCAUAUUUCACAAAACCAAAUAAAAGAUGUUGGCGAUAAAGCAGAAAUGGAAUGCACAGUUUCAAACCCCUUAGAUUAUUAUGUUUUGUGGACGAAGUUUGACUUAGAGAAAUCUAAUGAUUCUAUCCUUUUUUCUUUUGGAAGUACCCUUAAUAUCAAAGAUUCUAGAUUAUCAAUAACAAAAGACUCAAAAAUGGAUUUAAUACGUUAUACAUUACAGAUUAAUGAUAUUCAACAAGUUGAUUCUGGUUUCUACCACUGCCAAAUAAUUAUUGGAUUACAUCACAUAAUAUCUGCUAAAGUUGAGUUGAAAGUACGCGGACCCCCAAUGAUACAUGACAAUUCCACCUCAUCAAUGGUUGUAAUGGAAGGUCAACAAGUGACCCUUGAAUGUUACGCAAGUGGAAAUCCAAGUACAAGAAUUUUCUGGAAGAGAGAAAAUAAUGGAAUUUUAAGUGUCAACAGAUCAAUUUAUAAGUAAAAUACCUCUCCUUUCUUUUAAACUAAAAUGUAGUAGUAAAACAUAUUAUAAAUAGUUUUUGAUACAAGUUUAUAGUCAUAAGCCAAUAACAAAUUUGA